CAAACAAACACAAACCAUUGUCACUUUCCCAACAGCACCACGAGCAAUCCAGAAACACACAUCUCCCACAGCGUCCUGCCAACUUCCCUUCCUGCCUUCCCUUCCUGCCUGUGCUCUGCCACCACCACUCAAGGUGCUGGUUGUGGUUGCUGCCUGAAGGACAGAGCGCGUGCACUUUCCCUUAUUUCAUUUCGCAUCAACGUGUCCCAACGCAGCUAGAAGAACACCUCAGCCACACAGCCAAGUGAACAGGCCUACAGGCGGAUUGCUGCUUUUCAUCAUCAAGAGUCUCAGACCCCAUCUGCUUGCUCAUCUCAUCUCUGCAACCAGCAGUGUCUACCACAGGUCCACCAAACGGAAGAGCUGAAGAGAGCAAGCCACAUUCAGCACUUUAGCACUUUCACCUUCUUUGUCCCUUCUUGACUUGAUCCCUUCCAGGGUCCUCCGCCACACCAUCGCGCACGAAGGAUGGAACCUCCAGGGCCUUCCACUCUCUCAACUUCCACCCACACACGGUCACCACCUGCGAUUUCCGUGUUUGAGUGGGCCACGAUCGCGCAGCACCUGUUGGAAACACAAAGCCAACCCGCAAGCCCAGGCGAGGAGCUCGACGACAUGCCAAACCGCCGCCACCGCCACAGCAAUGCGCGGGCCCUGUUCAACCUGAUGCUCACCUGCCGCAACCUGUACAAUGAGCUGCCAUGGGCAAUGCCCAAGUGGCACCUGGCCAACCUCGGCCUGCUCGUGGGGUGUUCGGAGCACUGGUUGAAAGAGAGCUUCCCUGCUCAAGGACGGGCAGAAGCGAACCUUGCACUUGCAACAGACGCUCCAUCGGCCAGCCACGGCAGCGAGCGACCACAAGACCAACACCAACAACGCAUGCAAGCUCACAGCGACACUGACCACCAGGUUCAAGUGUGGCUUGAGCGCCGCUUCCUCGCGUAUUCGUGGCUCGGCAUGACAUGGAGCAGCACGUGUCCGUACCUGCAGUCACGCAUCAUGCUUUCCCCAGAGGCCUUCUGGGCUGACUUUUCACGUUACGGCCGGGUCGCAUUCAAGAGCCUCGCAGCCAUGCACGACUGGGCACCUCCACGGGACCUGGAGGAAGAGCAGCGACAGCUGCCACGACGUCAGGAAGGCCACGGACACCCUCAGCAGCAGAGAGCGGGCGAUGACAAUGGUGAUGGUGAUGGUGGUGAUGAUGGUGAUGGUAGUGGUGAUAAUGAUGGCGAUGACAAUCGUGUGGACGGGGGGCGCACGCACGACUUGACACGGAGCUGGCCGGCUGCGUUUACCUUGGAAGCGACCAUCCACUCCUCAGCAGAUGCAACAAGGCUGGCAGAGCUUCGGGGCGCGUUCAGCAACGUCUCAUGCCUGCGCAUGAUCUUGCAGGUGCGAUCGCCUGGCCUUCGGCUCAGGAUCCACCAAGCAGACACAGUUCACGUCAACCUUAUCAUUAUCAGCGGUCGAGACUCCACAGUGUUUGAGGAAUUAUCAGACAUCUCCCACAUCAUCAUCAAUCGCGCGACGCCGCUUCAUAUCCAAAGAAUGCGCAACGUGCGCAUGUGCACAGUGAGGCGCUCGUUCAUCAGAGACUUCAGCCAGCUUUCUAGUCUGCAACACCUCGCCCUUCGCAAAUGCCCGUUCACACUCUCUGAUCUCGCAGCGUUGGCUGUUCCACCACGGCUAGAGUUCAGUGGGUGCACCUCUGGUGUUAGUGUACUGACACAGCAGCACUGGCCAACAACAGCGUUCAGCAAUGCAUCCAUUGAGCAAGUGCAGCACGUGCUGGCCACUGGACUGUCGCCCACGCUCGACGCAAUAUGGCAAAUGGAAGAAAGGCGUCAGCGGCGUCGAGAGUACAUGCGGAGGUACCGGCAACGAGCGUAUGAGGAGCGUCGCUGGCUGCAGGCGCACAAUCAACGGCUUCGCCAAGAGCUGGAGCAGCAACAGCAAGAGCUUCAACAGAUGCGCUUGCUCCGGCAACAGUUGGAGUUGGAAGCAUCGGCAAGCUCACACAACUUGUCCGACACGUAAUGUGUGGAUGUGCCAGCAGUGACAGUCAAUGAUGGGGUCCUUUCUGCUGUUCAAUGUCUCGAGGUCGAGGCUUCACUCACUCAUUCCUUGGCAUGAGUAAACGUCCUCGCUGCUGGGUUCCUCCUCUCCCCUCAUUACUCAGCCUGGUCGUAACACGUGGAAUGAAGAAUGGAGAGCUUUAAUUUGAACAGAAUACACGUCAA